AGUAAAAUUAAACAAAAAAAUUCCGCACAAAUAAAAAAACAGGCUGGCUGGAGAAAUAAUAAUUUUUCAGCGCACAGACGAGAGUUUGCUACUCCAACGGCCGUGCGCGCCCAUGUUGUGUGUGCAAUGAACAAAGGCUGGAUGAACAUGCAGAAGAAACCGAAAUACAUUAAAACUAAGAGAGGUGUUGUAGUGUGAUAUUGCAAUUUGCAUAAAAAUGAGAUUGGGCGACGACGUCGCGACGACAACGACAACAGCAACGACGACGACGACGACUGUAAUUAAAAUGCAAAGAAUGUACGCACUGCUGCUACCAACCUUGACAUUUUGGAUUAUCAUUAUCAGCAGCUUACAUUUGCCGCAACCGUCGCAACAAAUAACAGUAACAUCAUCAACAACAACAGCGCCAUGCGAUCGAAGUCGCAAAGUUUUCACCGAUCCGUAUGGUGAAAUUAGCGAUGGUCCAACCGGUUAUAAUUAUACACAGGAUUCGCAUUGUGAAUGGCUGAUCAAAGCGAAAAAUGAUAGUCAAUUCAUUACGCUAACAUUCCAUAGCAUGGGCACCGAGUGUUCCUAUGAUUACAUUUAUGUAUACGAUGGAGACUCCUUCAAUUCAACGCUCUUGGGCAGCUUCAGUGGACGCACACAACCCCAGCGUUUGGUGGCACGCAGCGGUAGUAUGUUGAUACUGAUGUACAGCGAUACAAACUAUGUGCUUGAUGGUUUUCGUGCUUCCUAUUACAUAUCAAAUUGCCUCAACAAUUGCCACAAUCAUGGCAAAUGCGUGGGCGACCAGUGUGUCUGCCAUGGCGAGUGGGUGGGGCCCGACUGCGAGGACGAGGCGUGCCCACAGAAAUGCGGCGAGCAACAGGGACGCGGCAAAUGCCAGAAAAGCAUUUGUCAUUGCUCGCCAGGCUACAGUGGACGUCUGUGCGAUCUCAGCGACAAUCCAACAGGGAGCAGCUGGCGUUGGCUAGCAACCGAUGCCGAGGGCAUGACACCGAGAGCUGCUCACACCGCCGUCUACAUUGAGGACGAGGAUUCGCUAUUUGUGUUCGGUGGCUAUGAUUUGAAUAAUGUGAUCAAUACGCUGCAAAUCUAUCGUUUUCGCACCAGCCAAUGGGUGGAUGAAUGGAAUAUACCGCUGCAGAGCAGGAGGCACUUUUAUCAUCCGCAGAAGAUUGACCAUACGCUGUUGAAAGCGGUGCUGCAGCACAAGAACGAGGAUGAGGCCAAGCUGUGGGGUCUGACCAGCGAUGUGAGCUUCUUCCGCAACAUACUCUAUACGCUGGCUGAAUCGAAUCUGCAUCAGCGACGCACACGCUCCUCGCUGCCGCUGACCACAGUUAAUGCGAAUUCAACGGACGAGGAACUCUCCGAGUAUCUGGAGGAUAUACUCGAAGAGGUCACCGAUCAUAAGCCGCAUGGACGUUAUGGUCAUGCGGCAGAUGUUGUUCCCGGCGGAUUUGUAAUCUAUGGCGGCAAACAUGCUAAUGGUAGCUUCUACAGUGAUCUCUGGCAAUAUAAUACAGUCGAGACGGGUGGCAAAUGGAAGCAAAUGGCUAUUAGAUCACAGCUGCAACCGCCAGCAUUGGCAAGGCACACGCUAACCACAGCUGCUGGACACUUGUAUUUGUUUGGCGGCAGCGUGGAAACUGGAGAAUUCUCCUCCAGCAUUUAUCGCAUACCAUUACCACUUAGCGAGGACUCGCAGUGGCAGCUGGUUCAGCCACGUGGAGGCAAAACGCUGGACGUGCGUCUGGCGGCACACUCAACGGUUUACUACAGCGCCACCAAUUCGUUGAUUGUGUUUGGCGGCAUUAUGACCAGCUUGGCACGCUUCUCCAAGCUAUCCGAUCGCAUUUUUGCCUUUCAAUUGGAUCAGCUGCAUUGGACAGAGAUCCUUUAUCCACGCACCGCACUGCGCGACACAAACAUUCCACGAGAACGCGCCUUUCACACUGCCACCAUAUCGGGCAACUAUAUGAUUGUCUUUGGCGGCUACACGCAUCGUCAUAACAAGGAUGAAAUCUGCUAUGAUAAUCAGAUGUAUUGGUAUCAUUUAAGUUGUCACAUCUGGAUCAAUCAGGUGGUCACUGCCGACGACAGCUUGUACCCGAAAACGCAGGGCGUCUUCGCUCAGGCGGCUGCACUACGUCGCAAUCACACGCUGCUCAUUGUGGGCGGCUAUCAUGGCAAUGUGAAUGCCGAUCUCUUCGCCUACGAACUGCCCCAGGUGCUGCGUGUGGAGAAUACACUCUACAAUCACAAUCCUGAGAUGUCGUGUCGCUUGCAUGGAUCUCACACCGCGUGCUUGUCGAAUCCGGAGUGUGGCUGGUGCUCGGCGGACAGCAGUUGCUAUGGACGCACCAUUGGCGCCAAUUGCACUACAAAUCUGCAGACUACACGCUGUCCGGGCAUCUGCCCCUCGCUGGGGGAUUGCCAUGCGUGUCUGGUGCAUGGCACCUCGUGGGGAGGUGGCAACAGCGCCGCUGCCGCAUUUUCGGUGGCCAGCAAGCUGGGCUUAAACGAAUGCACGUGGUGUGUGCAGAAUGCACGCUGUCAUCAUCGCGACGACAACUAUGGCAUCUGUGGCGAAAGCGCUGGCUGGUGGGGAGAACAGGGGACCGAGAUUCGUGAGCCUGAGAUGUGCACAAGGAAUGAUCGACGUCCUGGCUUAACCUACAUUAAGUACAAUUAUCCUGUCAACUAUACAAUGCCCGAUUAUGUGGGCAUUGUCAAUGCCACCAUGGUGGACUUUUCUUCGCCGCCACCUGCUGCGUAUUUCGAGCAGCGUCAGGAGGGCGAAAUGCUCGCCAGAUUACUCGGUUUUGUGCGUCCGCAGCAGCAGUGGAGCACCAGCAAUGGAAAUAAUUCGGCCAUUCAGGUCUGCAGCAGCUAUUCAUCGGCAGUGCUGCGUGCUGGACUUGGCACGAAUCUUGAUACGCUGGAGAACGUGACCAGUCAGAGCUCGAAUCAAUCGUACUGCAGCAAUGUGCAACUGCCAAGCACCGAGCAGCCAUUUCUCAUCGAUUUCCAGGCCCGUCGUCGCAUCGGUCAGAAUAAUAUUUACAACAUUUACCAGAAGACGAAGAUGGAGCUGCAGCAUUUGCACAAUGGCCAGCUGAAUGCUUUCACCUUCGAAUAUCUGGAACCCUACUAUUCCGGCGAUUGCAAUCAAUACUCCAACUGCUUGCACUGCCUCACAGAUGCCUCCUGCUCCUGGUGUCCACUCACCGGCAAAUGCCAUCUCAAGUCGGUGAACGAGAGCGAAGUGUGCGUGGCACCCGAGGACAACCAUUGGGCCUAUUUGAUCAGCCAGCCCAGUCAGUGUGCCAACUGCUCCAACUAUGUGAGCUGCGAGGCUUGCGUCUCAACGCCUGGCAACAGCGAAUGUGAAUGGUGGCUGGAUGAUGCACGUUGUGGCCGUAUAGGCAAAUCAAACAGCAGCGUACGUGCGCUGGGACAGUGUCCACGCCCAUGUCGAGAGCGUCGCGGGUGUGAUCAGUGUCUGGGCGAGCGGGGACGUUGUGUGUGGUGCGAGGCGAGUGCGCAAUGCUUUAGCUUUGCCGUCUACACCAGCGAGUAUCAGUUUGGCAUGUGCCGGGAAUGGAUCGACAAGGUGGGCACGACACCCGGGAUCGCUGGAGCAACCGCAGGUGCAUCCCCUUCUCAGAUGACAUCAUUGAUUAUGCACUCCGAUGAGCCGCGUGCGCUGCAACAAUGCAAAUCCUGUGAGCGCCAUCGCAACUGCACCGCCUGCCUGCGAACGUUGAGUUGUGGCUGGUGCUUUGAUCGCGACAAUCCCAUCGAGGGCAUCUGUAUGCAGGGCGACUUUAGCUACAGCGCCGGCAAUUGUUCGCUGGCCUUGAACAGCAGCACACAGCACGAUGCUGAGUGGGCUUAUGCCCAGUGUCCGGAUGUGGAUGAGUGUGGACUGGGUUUGCAUGAUUGCCACAAGGAGGCCAAGUGCACCAACACUCAGGGCAGCUACAACUGUCAUUGCCGGCGUGGUUACCAUGGCGACGGUCGCAACAAGUGCGAGCGCACCUGCUACGAGACGUGUCAGAAUGGUUAUUGCUCCAAUGCACCGGAUUACAGUUGCAAGUGUGAUCUGGGCUGGACGGGCAGCGAUUGUGGCAUCAGUUGUGGCUGCAACAAUCAUUCCACCUGCACAGAGCGGCUGGGCAAGUGCGAUCAGUGCCAGUCGUGGACCGAGGGCGAACGCUGCGAGCGAUGUCGCCAGGGCAGCUAUGGCAAUGCCACAGCGGCCGUUGGUUGUCAUCCCUGUGAGUGCAAUGGCCAUGGCAAUCAGGAUUUGGGCAUCUGCAAUGUGAGCCACGGCGAAUGCUUCUGCAAGGACAAUACGCAGGGACUCAAGUGUGAUGUUUGCGCGCCUGGUUACUACGGCAAUCCACGUGAUGGCGGCCAGUGUUACUAUCAGUGCGAAUCGCGUGGCAUUCUCACGAGCAUCGGACGCAGCGCCAUCGGAUCGUAUCAAUCCUAUCGCUCACCGUGGGGCGCCAGUCUGGAGGUGCGCGAAUGUCUCUGGAUAUUGCAGCCAAAGACGCUGCAGGCUGAUAAAUCGCUGUUGCAACUCGAGUUUCAAUGGAACUCGCUGGUGAUGGACUGUGAUGAGAAUGCCGUUUACAUUUAUGACAGUCUGCCGGAUCUAACAGGCGCUGCCCAACAAAAUCAACUGCUUGCCGUCGUCUGUGAACCGUACAGCGCUGCAAGGAUCAUCGAGGCACGCUCUUCGCAUGUCACCGUCUACUAUAAACAGGGCAGCGAGCGGCGACACUUUGGCUUCAAUGCUCUGUACUCGGUGAUGAAUUGUGUGGCUGGCAGUUGUCUGCAUCCGCACAUCUGUGAUGCACAACAGCGUUGUGUGUGUCCCGCUGGCUAUGUCGGUGCACGCUGUGAAGUGGAGAUCUGUCCCAGCAAUUGCCAUGCGAAGCGGUUGCAGGGCUAUUGUGACACAGAAUAUGGACGUUGUAUCUGCAGUAAUGCCAGCUAUGCGGGUGCCGAUUGUGGCACGCUAGUGCAGCGGAAUCAUUUGGUGUUAACCGAGCUGUUUAACACACAACUACUCAGCGAAGCGUUGGAACAUUUAAGAAAGACAAUACCACGUUUUGGGCACUCGGUAAAUGCGGAUCGUCGCGGUUCUUUGUGGAUGUUUGGCGGCUAUUCUCCGAGUCACGGGCCACUCAAUGAUUUUCGGCAAUUCGACACCAAGAACGGCACUUGGUUGCAGGUUACCGUAGAGUCUUCGACGCCCGAGGAUCGCAUGCCACUGGGACGCUACUUUCAUGCAGCUGAAAUCUAUGUGAAGAAACAAAUCAUUUACAUCUACGGCGGCCUGGGCGCCAAUUCACGUUUACUGGCGGAUUUCUGGCAAUUCUCCAUACAGAAUCAACGCUGGAGUCAAAUCGAGCUAGAGGAGCAGCAGCAGCAGGAGGCGCCGCCAGCGCUGGCGGGGCAUACGCUCUGCCAGGUGCGCUAUCAGGAGCAUGAAGCGCUGCUGCUGAUUGGCGGCCUCAGUCUGAACAAGUCGCGUGCUCUGGAGCUGUGGGAAUUCAAUCUGGACGCGGGUCGUUGGCAACAGUUGACGGCGAUGGGAGCUCGUCUGCCGGUGCUCUAUGGACACAGCGCAGUGUAUCAUGUGGAGACGCAUAGCGUGUAUGUUUUCGGCGGCUAUGCGGGCGGUAAAGCACAGAACAAACUUUAUUCCUUGGAGCUGACUAAACUCAGCUGGUCGGAGCUGCCAACAUUCCGUGAACUGAACUCUCCCGCUUCCCUGCUGCCGCGUGGACGUUACUUCCAUUCCGCCGUUAGCACCGAGCACUACAUGGUCGUUUAUGGCGGCAGGACAACGCCCUAUAAUGCCACAGAUGUGCUCUUGGCCUAUGUGUAUGCCUGCAAUCAAUGGGUGCGUCUCACCGACGAUGUGCAACUGAUUGGACGACUGCCGGUGGCCAGUUAUGCGGAGGCCAUGGCCAUUGAUGCGGACAGUGGCAGCAUUUAUGUGAUUGGCGGAUGGGAUGGCAGCGCCACCCAAAGUCAUGUGACACGCAUUCAUCUGCCCGAGGAUUUGUGUCAGCUGUGGAGCGGUGGCAAAUCGAUUUGCCGCCAUUACAUGGGCUGCAGUUAUUGCACUGUGCACAGCACCUACAGCAACAGCUCGCAUUGCUUCACCCAGGGACGUGCGCCGUGUGCCAAUCACAAUGGCACGCUGGUCAUCAACAACGGGCCCGCCUGCAAUGAUGUUUGGCUCGCCAGUCGCAACUGCUCCAGCUUUCACAGCUGCAGCGCCUGCUUGGCCGCCUGGCCUAUUCAUCACGAGGCGCAGCCGGCGUGCCAGUGGUGCGAUCAGUGCGGUAUUCGGGGUCGCUGUGUGUCCGCUAACGAGGAGUGCCUGCACAGCAGCGGCUGGUGUCUGAAGGAGCGCAGCGUCAGCGAGAUUGAUGAGUGUCCAGCGCCGCAGUGCCACCAGCUGGGCUGCGAGGCGUGCAUGCGUCAGGUGUAUCUUCCGCAGCUCUGUCACUGGGCGCGCACUGAGCUGGGGCAUGAGGAGUGCAUUGCUCACGAUCUGGUGGAGAAGAAUGCCUAUCGUCUGGUGGAACAGUGUCCCGCUGCUUGUCACACGCACAGCAAUUGCAGCAGCUGUCUGCAGAGUGGCCAGGAUGCCAGCAGUGGCGACUGCAAAUGGUCAACGAUGCUGAAUGCUUGCAUCUCGCCAGCGGCUCAACCGCUGCUCUGCGCUGGCGGCGUUUGCGGUCUGGUGUUGGAGUCCAGCGAACAGGAACGUUGUCCGGAGCCGUGUCAUGUGUACACACAGUGCUCCAGCUGCUUGGAGCAUGCACACUGCGGUUGGUGUGCACGCGAAGGUUUCAAUGGCGACGGCAUUUGCACUGAGGGCGCACUCGAACAUCGUCAGGAGUAUCCGUCGGGGUCCACGUGUGAUCUGAUCUACAGCAGCUGGCGCAACGAUUCGCAGCUGACACACGCCGAUGUCGUUAGCUGGCACUAUGUGCAGUGUCCGGCGGAGAAUGAAUGCGAGAAUGGACAUCACAAUUGUGAUGCGAUCUCCGAGCAGUGUAUCGACCUGGACACGCCCACGCUGGGCUACAAGUGCGUCUGUGCCGCCGGCUAUCGCGAGGAGCAGCAGAGCUGUCUACCCGUCUGCAGUCAGGGCUGUGUGCGCGGCAGCUGUGUGCGUCCCAACGAGUGCAAGUGCGACUUUGGCUAUGUGGGCGAGAACUGCAGCAUUCAGUGUCUGUGCAAUGGACACUCGAACUGUGAGUCGAGCAGCCGCCUGGACAUUUGUCUGGAGUGUCACAACAACACGAUGGGCGAGCAGUGUGAGAAGUGUCAGCCGCUGUUCGUGGGCAAUCCUCGCGAGGGUCACGCCUGCCAACCUUGCCUGGAGUAUUGCCAUGGCCAUUCGGAUGUCUGUGUAGCCUACGAUGCGGAUCCGGCGGUCUUCAACAUGACGCGCCAGGAAUUGGAACGCAUUUUACCCGAGGGACCCGCCCAUAAUGCCACCUGUCUGCGUUGUGGCAAUCACACGGCUGGCGAUCGUUGUGAUAGCUGUUUGCUGGGCUAUUUCCGGGGCAGCGAGGAUCUGCAGCAACAUUGUCGACCGUGCCAGUGCCAUGGACAUGGCAAUGUCUGCGACGCAGUCACAGGCGAGAAGUGUAACUGCGCCAACAACACGGAAAGCGAUGCCACCUGCACUGCUGGCGGUGGCAAGAAUUCGGCGCAGCUCUGCUGGAGUGUGCAGUGCUCCAAGUGCCGCGACUCGUAUGCGGGCAAUCCCACCGAUGGUCAUCAGUGCUACAAGCAAAUCACCGUGGAGUCGCGAAUGUGCUUCGAUGCCAAGCCAAUAGAGGAAUGCAAGUCAAAGCCGGCUGCGUUGAAGCCUGGCCAGACAGUCUUCUUUGUGAUCCAGCCACGUUUCAUGAACGUCGACAUACGCAUCAUCAUCGAUGUGACGCAGGGCGAGCUCGAUGUGUUUAUGUCGCCACAGGACGACUCUUUCAUAGUGGAAACGAAUCAAACGAACGGCUUCCAUGAGAUCUUGCUGGACAAUCGCUACAACUGGGUGCCGAAGACCAAGCGGGAGCAUCCGCUCAAUAUUGCUUUGCCACGCCACUACAAUGUCACGCUGGAAAAGCUGUUUAGGCCGGAGCGACGUAGCAGCAGCGCCAGCAACGGAGGCCGAGAUGGUGGACAGUUCUAUGUGCCGCAUCUGCACGAUUGUCGCAGCCAUGGCGUGCACACGUUGGUGGUGCAGGAUCAAUAUGCCAAGGAUCUUAGCACUCACGUUACGCUGAAUCAAUGCAACACUUUGCUACGUCUCUUUGGCCUCAAGAAUCGCUUGGUGCUGACGUUGCCACAGCAUGCGCAUAACUUGAGCGCCACUCGGUUCUUUAUUGCGUUGCGUGCUAGCGCGGGCCCCGAGCCGAGCUAUGGCUCUGUGGUGUUUCGUCAGGAUCAACUGCACAUCGAUCUGUUUGUGUUCUUCUCCGUGUUCUUCUCCUGCUUCUUUCUAUUCCUCGCCCUCUGUGUCAUCGUGUGGAAGGUGAAGCAGGCGGCGGAUUUGAGACGCGCGCGUCGUCAGCACGUCGUGGAAAUGUUGCACUUGGCUAAGCGACCAUUUGCGCAGAUCUUUCUCGCCUCUGCUAGCCUGGAUAUGGACAGCAGCCCAUUGGCGCAUGCCUCCACAUCGACGACGACAACUCGUGCGAUGCGUCAACGUGCACGUCAAGCGUUGCUCCUGCAGCAACAGCAGGGCCGCGAACAUGCUGGCGAAGCAACUCAGAUGUCACAUCACAGCAGCAGCAGCAACCGGGAAAGCUCACGUCAUGUGCAAGCCACCGAGAUCAUGCUGGUGGCCAUUGAGCCCACCUGCGACAAUCUGGCGGCAGUGGGCACAGUGUUUAUCAGUCUACCGGGACGGUCCAAAGCACCACUAAGCAUAGCACUGGGCUCCACACUCAUCUCGUAUCCCAGACAGUAUCCGCUCAAUGCACGACAUUUUAUGCGCGCCGCAGCGCAGCGACAUCAUCAGGCCUAAGAUGAGGGAAACCUCGAGGAAUGAGACGCCGUUGCAAAUUGUAAGUGCUAUUUAUGUCUGUUGUUCCCUCUUCCCUUAGUCCGUCCCCUUAAAAUCCUUUCUCUCUUUGAAUGCGGCACAAUUUUAGUGAAUUUUUAGUUUAUAAAAACCCAAUAGACCCUUUGAAGGAUCUACUAAGAAACAAAGCAAAGAAAUGGAUUACGAAUUCCGCUCGUAUGGCAAUACUUAUCGAAUGUGUCGAAUGUAUACAUAGUUUAGGCAAUUUUUGUACAUAAAACGUUUAGCUAACGCAAAUAUGUAAUACAUAAAUACAUACUACAUUAUUACAUACAUAACAAACACUUCGUAGAGAGAUCUGAAGACAAUUUAACCCUAAACCAAGUGAGAACAAAAUUGCUGCAAAGAACAAAAACUAAAAAAAACAAAAGAACAAUUUAUACAAAGCAAAA